AGCAGAAGAUGGGGGAAGCUGAGAGAAGGACACCUGCUGCUGAACAGAUGGGUGAAAGAGGUCAAUGGAAGAAUAAAGUGGAGUUUCUGUUGGCCAUGGCAGGAAAUAUCGUCGGUCUGGGUAAUGUAUGGAGAUUCCCAUACCUGUGCUACAAGAAUGGAGGAGGUGCUUUCUUGGUGCCUUACUUGCUGUUUGCUGUAACUUGUGGUGUUCCACUCUUUGUCCUGGACACAUGUAUUGGACAGUACACAAAGGAGAGUGUGGCAACAUGCUGGAGAAGAGUCUGUCCACUGGCUGAGGGUAUUGGUCACGCGGGCUGUUUGAUUGCGCUGUAUAACUGCAUUUGCUACAAUAUCAUUCUAGCCUGGGCUCUAUUCUACCUCAUCUCCUCUCUGAGUGUGGAGAUACAGUGGAAUACCUGUGGUAAUCUCUGGAACACAGUGAACUGUGUCGAGCUCACAUCAAACAAGAUCAAUUGGGCCGUCAACAAGACUCAACUGAAUUUCACUGCUUCUGCUGUCACUGAAUUCUGGGAGCGCCGUGUGCUGGCCAUCUCUACAGGAAUUGAGGUAUUGGGCAAUGUGAACUGGGAGAUUCUCCUCUGUUUACUUGCUACUUGGAUCAUAUGUUACUUCUGCAUCUGGAAAGGUGUCAAGUCAACUGGAAAGGCAGUUUAUUUUACAGCUGUCUUUCCAUAUGUGAUGAUGCUAAUUUUGCUGAUAAGAAGUCUGACUUUACCUGGAGCCAUGUAUGGUGUGAAAUAUUACCUGUACCCACAGCCCUCACGCCUCGCAGACCCACAGGUUUGGAUCGAGGCAGCGAUGCAGAUUUUCUUCUCCUACAGUUUGGGAGCAGGUAGUCUGACAGUUCUUGGAAGUUACAAUCCUUACAAAAACAACUGCUGCAGACAGAGCAUUUGGCUGUGUGUGGUGAACAGCUGUACCAGUUUCAUAGCUGGAUUUGUGGUGUUUUCAGUACUUGGCUUUAUGGCACAGCAGCUUGGUGCUGAUGUUGAAGACGUAGCUGAGUCAGGUCCAGGUCUUGCAUUUAUAGCCUAUCCUCAGGCAGCUGCCAGGAUGCCACUACCACAGUUGUGGGCAGCCUGUUUCUUUAUCAUGCUGGUUUUCUUGGGCCUAGACACACAGUUUAUGUCAAUUGAGGUGGUGAUGUCAUCACUAAGCGACAUGUUCCCGACAUUGCUGCGUAGGCCCAACAGAAGGGAGCUGUUCCUCUUAUUCUUCUGCACAGCGUCAUUCUGCUUUCAGAUUCUUAUGACAACUCAGGGAGGAGUCUACAUCUUCCAGUUAAUUGAUUAUUAUGCGUGUAGUGGUGCUUGCUUACUCUUCAUGGGACUGUUUGAAUCUCUAGUAAUUGGCUGGAUCUUUGGGGCUGAUCACAUGUACAGUGUCAUUGAGGACAUGUGUGGAGAGCGGCCGAGUUUGUACUUUAGAUUCUGCUGGCGGUAUUUCACACCACUGAUGUGUCUUGGAUUUUUCAUAUUUUACAUGGUGAGGCAUCAGCCUCUCCGGUACAACCGUGUUUACGUAUAUCCUGACUGGGCCUAUGUUCUUGGAUGGCUCUUAAGCACGUCUUCCUUAGUCCUCGUCCUUGCAUGGGGCUUGGUGAAACUUUACACUCACUCAGGGACACUGAGACAGCGUUUUACACAUCUAUGCACUCCAGAUGCCAAGCUCCCUCUGACCCAAAAGCAAAGAGCUGAUCUACAGGUUCAUGAGACUCUAACAACAGGAAUAUGAUGAGCACCAGCAAUGGUUUCAAUCCAAUAAGAAGACCACAUGUAAAUACGCUAGCACGAUAAAGUGCAGUUUGUUUAUGGCUGUGAUUAACUGAAAAUAGAGCAUCUCCCGCUUUAUCCAUAUCUGCAUAGUAAAUUUGCAGCGUAGUGCUUCUGUACACUGUGCCAGCUUAAAUUUGCUAUUUCAUGAAAGCAAAUUGUUCUAAAGCUUAUCUCAGAUGAUGAGUUACUAUAACAACUGGCGCCUUUUACCAGGUCCUUUUUAAUCUUACUGGCAUUAAUUAAGACUGUGUAGUUAAGGAGCCUGAGAACCAAAUUUGCUCUAAAUUAAGAGGAGCAAAUUAUUAUUGGGGAAAGGCUAAAUGUGCACUCUUAAAUAUUUCAUUGUCGCUUAAAUUGCUUUUUACAACGCAGCUUGGAAGAUAGUCCCUCCUUACUGCUAAAGACUUGAGACUCUUCCCUCUUACUGCAAGACAUAAUUCGUCAGGAAAAAAGAGCAGUAAAAGAGAACAGCUGAGAAUGAAGAGAGUGUGGAAUAAGUCCCAUAAGCUGUGUCUCUAGAGAGACGCAGACUCAGGACAAGCUCCACUUUCCAUACUCAAGCCUUCAGCAGAACAAAUGGGGCCUUCAUUUUCUGAGGUGUUACAUCUUGAGCACUUGUAAUGGGAAGAAAAUGUGAUUUUUAAAUGUAUUUAUUUAAUAUCCAUGCACAUUUAUAUGCUGUUAAAGACUAUUUGGCACAGCACUCAACGUUGUCUUUUUUGUAGUAGACUCACUUUUUUUCCCUUGAAAAAGAACACUUGUACAAGGGCUUUCAAGUGAGGACAGUAGAAAAAGCCAAAUCAAUGGCUGCUAUUAAAAAUUCAAGGUGCAGACAUGCUAUAGACUAUUGUUUAGGAUGACUCUGCUAUUAGGGUGACCAAUGAUGGGAGAUUUAUUUUUUUGUUUUUGUGCUUGUGGAUUAGUGUUGUUAUUAUUAUUGUUUUUCUUAGGGGCACACAUCUGAUUUAUGAAUGUCCUCUGGGAACUGUGAUGAGA